AUGGCCGAAGGAGAAGCUAAAAAAAGAGCCGGAGAACCCGGCAUUGAUGCGACCGACGAAUCAACUCGAAAGAAGCCCAAGCAAACCCGAGCGACAUUUGUAGCCCCGCUGCAAGAAGUCGGAAUCGGAGCAUCUGCUCGAAAGAAAAAGCCCAACCUCCUACGGCCAAGCUUUGUGGUUCCCCAAGAGGGUAUCCGGAACGGCGAGGGUGCCCUCUUCCAUCACACGGGUCCACGUCGGCUUUGCCAAGAAGGGCUGCAACGGCUCGAAGAAGCUGGAAUCACCAUCAAGACUACCCAGUUUGACAAGCAAGAAGACGAGAUCUUACAGCGGAACUGGUACGAGUUUGCCGACCAAUACGGGCUCGACGACAAAGAUGCUCUCUCGCUUUCUGGCGUGAAUGCAAAGUCAAGAGGUGCUGGAAUGGAUGAGCGUUCAAUUUUCAUCCAGAAAACCCAGUUCUUCCCCAAAAUGUGCCGCAAUUUGGAGCACAGGACUGGCGAAACGGUGAUCACGGCAAUGCGCCGUUUGUUUGAUCCAAAUGCGCUCGAAUCUACCCGAGACGUUGCGAUGAGAUUUACGGAAGAAGAAGAUCAAAUGCUUCGGGAAUAUUACGAAAAGGGCUGGACCCUCUUCAAAAUCAGCGAAGUGCUGAAGAAAGCGCAAGGCCGUAUCCAGUCUCGUAUCAAAUAUUUUCGAAGGCUCGGCCUAACCAGGACGAGGGGCGUUUCGAUAAUGGAUGUGAAUCCAAAAACGGACUUCUUCUGGGCGACUUCGUACACGCGGGACCAACGGAAAAGCUAUAAGCUGCCCGAAACUGGGAUCCUUGACGAGAAUGGCGAUUUGUUUUAUCAUGGAAACCCCAAGUUUAAGCUGACCACACGCUGCCUCGAGCGCCUGCAGGAACAUGGCGUCGUCAUUCAAGCCACCCACUUCAAGGACGCCGAGAAACGAAAAGCCCUCAGAAAUGCGACGAAGCUAAUGAAGGAAUACCGGAUGAGCCGACUGCUUUUUAUCUGUAUGCUCAACUAUACGAAAUACGCGAAGGCGUUAUAUAACCGAAACGAGGCGAUUUUGGAGGCCGAAGAUCAUCGUUUCUUUGAUUGGACCUUCCAACAGCGACAACUUUUCACGGCCGCGAAUCGAUUCUGGCCGAGGCUUUGCGAAGGGUUGCCGACGCGUGUUACGCCCGCCGUAUGCGCUGUGGUAUGUGAGCUCAUCGACCCGGCAAACGAUUUUCCUGGUGCGAUGGAUGCGUUGACGCAGGAGCAGUACUACGAGCUCGACCGGCUCUAUCGAAUUCAUCGCAGCGGCUCGCUGGCAGCCGUCUGGCUAAAAAAGCCCUUACGCAGAACGAUGGCCGCCCUUCAGCAUCACCAGCUACGGUCAAUGACGCUGCGACGCUCGGAGCGCCGACGAUUGUGGAAUAUUUUGGGGCGCCAAUACGCUGGAGGAGGUCCCAAAUUGGUGCGAAGGGAGCUUCGAAAAGGGAAAUCCAAGAUUGACUUCAAGGUGGUGGCCCGAUUGCUUUGUCGGCAUAUUCACAUUGUCCGCGACGCCUGGCGAGAGAUCAUCGACGAUUUCAAGGAGGCUCUCUUGGAUAAGCCUUUCGAUGAAGCCGUUGAGGAAGUCAUCCCAAAGCCCUAUCCGAUCACCGGCCGAGAAUUCCACGAUUUUAUCGAGCUUUUCAUCGACUACAACCCGAACGUGAUCAUGCGAUAUAUGAAGUUCAAAGACGCUGAUAGGCUCCGAAUGGAGCGAGGCAUGAUCCGCCUCGGCCUCACCGGCUUCUACACGGGCCCCCGGACGGAGUUUCAGUACUGUAUUGUCCUGCUCCGUCGGGUCAUCUACCAGGUGUGCGAGAAGCUGAAGCCGGUGGUGGAUUUGACGACGGUGUCGCGGAAGGACGCGUUAAAGGUGCUCUCCAAGUGUUUCGCCGCUCACGGCGACAAGCCCUUCCGAAACCUGGCCUGUAAGGAUUUUGUUGACAUGUUGCUCAGGCACAUGGCCGAGAAUCAUCCGGAUUGGCAGCCACCGGAAGGCCUCCUGAAUUGGGCCGAGAAGUUGGCCGAGUUACAGGAGAAAGACGGCCACUCGAAUCUCAUCUCAUGGAUGCUCAAGAAGAAGCAGAGCGCAAAAGGGAGCACGAAGGGAUUCGUAACUGUGAGGGCGAUCUCUUCCAUCAUACCGGCCGGCGUACACUUUGCGAAAAAGGACUGCAGCGGCUUCAAGAAGCUGGCAUCACAAAUAAAAACCAAGCGCUUUCAAAAGACGGAGGACGAGAUCAUUCAACGGAACUGGUAUGAAUUUGCCGAUCAAUACGGGCUCGACGAUAAAGACAUCCUGUACCUCUGCGGCGUCAAUGCAAAGCCAGGACCCACAGUGAUGGACGAGCGUGGAGCUUUCAUCUUGAAGACGCACUUCCUUCCGAGAAUGUGCCGGCAUUUGGAGCAAAGGACGGCAACAGCGGUAAUUGAAGCGAUUCUGCGUCUCUACGAUCCCGUUGCAAAAGAUCCAAACAUCGACUAUUCUUUGAAAUUCACGAAAGAGGAAGAUGACAUGCUUCAGGAAUACUAUCGAAAGGGCUGGACCUUCUUUAAAAUCGCCGAAGCAAUGAAAAAGCCGAAGAUGCGCAUCAGGGCGAGAAUCGCCUAUUUCCGAAAACUGGGCCUUACAAGGACCAAGAAUACCCGAUCUCACGAAGAUGCUAUGAGCGAUUACUAUUGGAUGACUUCGUACACGCGUGACGUCCGCUUUCAGAUAGGCUAUCCGAUGCCUGAAACGGGUGUUUUGGACGCAAACGGGGAUUUCUUCUAUCAUGCGAACCCGAAAUACCGUCUGACGCUGCCCGUUUUGGAACGCUUGCAGAGCCACAACGUCGUAAUCGAAGCCAAUCGGUUGACGACUGAGGAGAGACGAAAAGUUUUGCGAAACGCUACGAAAUUGAUGAAGGAAUUCAAAAUGGGCCCGCUGCUAUUUAUGUGUGUGAUGGGUUUUAACAAAUAUGCGAAGGCUCUAUAUAAACAACAUUCUGAUGCAUUGGAAGCCCCAGACGAUCGCUUUUUCGAAUGGACUUUCCGGCAGCGCGCCCAAUUCACGUCCACGAAUCGAUUCUGGCCUAGGCUUUGCGAAGGGCUACCGACUCGGGGUACGCCGACCGUCUGCCGCGCGGUUCGGGAGCUGCUCGACCCAGCCACCAACUUCCCGGGUGCUAUGGAUCCCCUCACCGAAGAGGACUACUACGAGCUCGAUCGACUCUACCGGAUACACCGCUCUUACUCACUGGUCGCCGUUUGGAUGCGAAAACCGCUGCGUAGAAUCACGCAGGCCCGGGAAAUCCAUCGACAUCGCUCAGUGCCACUGCGGCGAACGGAACGUCGUCGGCUAUGGAAUAUCUUGGCGAAGCACUAUGCCGGCGGUGGGCCAAAGUUGGUGCGGAAAGAAUUGCGGAAGGGCAGAUCGAAGUUUGACUUGAAAAUAAUGGCUCGGCUUCUUGGGCGCCACAGUCAGAUUGUACGCGACGCUUGGCGAGAGAUCAUCGACGAUUUCCGGGAGCAGCUUGAGGAGAAAACGUUCGAUGAAGCCGUCAAGGAAAUCAUCCCAAAGCCCUAUCGAAUCACUGGUCGGGAAUUUCACGAUUUUCUUGAGCUUUUCAUCGACUACAACCCGAAUGUGAUCAUGAGGAUGAUGCAGUUCCGGGACGCGGAUCGACUGAAAAUGGAGCAAGGAAUGGUCCGCCUUGGCCUCACCGGCUUCUACACGGGAUCUCGAACAGAAUUCAAGUAUUGCAUUUGGCUGCUAGGUAAAGUCAUCUACCGUGUUUGCGCGCAAUUGAAGCCGGUGGUCGACUUGACGACGGUGGCGAAGUAUGAUGCAUUGAAGGUGCUCUCCAAGUGUUUCGCAUCUCAAGGCGACAAAGCUUUACCUCACAUGGCGGAGAAUCACCCGGAUUGGCAGCCACCGGAAGGACUGCUCGAUUGGGCGGAGAGAUUGGCCGAGUUGCAGGAGAAAGAUGACCCUCGAAUG